UCCCUGGACAACGAGAAAGAAAAUCGCAAAACAAAUCAUCUCGUCAUUAAUCCGUGUCAUACAUUUCCGGUGUCAAUAACGCUCGUUUAUCCCAUCUAUUGCAAACUAGCGAGUCUUCAAAAUGCGCGAAGUGCUUUCGAUCCAUAUCGGCCAAGGCGGCGUGCAGAUGGGCAAUGCUUGCUGGGAGCUUUAUUGUUUGGAGCACGGCAUACAACCUGAUGGUAUGUUGCCACCGCAAACCUGCACAAGCGAUGAGGGCUUUCAGACUUUCUUCAGCGAAACAGGCGGUGGGAAAUACGUACCUAGGGCAGUUUUCCUCGAUCUUGAACCAACAGUAAUAGAUGAGGUACGCACGGGAACGUACCACCAGUUAUUCCAUCCCGAGCAAUUGAUCUCUGGCAAGGAAGACGCCGCAAACAAUUAUGCGCGUGGCCACUACACCCUAGGCAAAGAGAUCAUCGACCUUGUAUUAGAUAGAAUUCGCAAGAUAGCCGAUAUGUGUAGUGGUCUCCAGGGUUUCCUCAUCUUCCACGCGUUCGGCGGCGGCACUGGAUCUGGCUUUACUAGUCUGCUGAUGGACCGACUAUCUAUGGACUACGGCAAAAAGGCAAAAUUAGAAUUCGCCAUAUAUCCGUCGCCACAAAUUUCCACAGCAGUCGUUGAACCCUACAAUGCAAUCCUGACGACUCACACUACGCUGGAGAAUUCCGAUUGCGCAUUCCUCGUAGACAAUGAGGCAAUCUAUGAUAUUUGCAGGCGUAAUCUGGACAUCGAGCGACCAACUUACACAAAUCUGAACCGGCUGAUCGGUCAGAUUGUCUCCUCGAUCACGGCCUCUUUGAGGUUCGACGGUGCCCUCAAUAUCGAUCUCACCGAAUUUCAGACGAAUCUCGUGCCCUAUCCUAGGAUACAUUUUCCUCUGGUAACUUACGCGCCCAUCGUGUCCAUUGAGAAGGCUUAUCAUGAACAGCUUACCGUGAUGGAGCUCACCUCAGCCUGCUUCGAGCCAGCCAUGCAGAUGGUUAAAUGCGACCCGCGAAAGGGCAAGUACAUGGCCUGCUGUUUGCUGUACAGAGGUGACGUGGUGCCAAAGGAUGUCAAUGCGUCCAUCGCGACUAUCAAAACUAAGAGAACGAUACAGUUCGUCGACUGGUGUCCGACGGGUUUUAAGGUAGGCAUCAAUUAUCAACCACCAACUGUAGUACCGGGAGGUGAUCUGGCGAAGGUGCAAAGAGCUAUGGCUAUGUUGGCGAACACCACAGCGAUCGCAGAGGCGUGGGCCCGAUUGGACCGAAAAUUCGACCUUAUGUUCAGCAAACGAGCCUUCGUUCAUUGGUACAUCGGCGAAAACAUGGACGAGAGUGAAUUUAACGAAGCCAGAGAGGAUCUGGCCGCGUUAGAGAAAGAUUAUCAAGAAGUCGGCGCGGAUUCUCUGGAUGUCGGCGAAGAAGAAAUGUAACUACCUGUAAAAGACUCGCAGUGACAAUCGCAUGCAUUAAGAACGCAUGUACUUUUGUGGGAUAGAUGAAUGUUUUUUUUUUGUUCAG